AAACUUAUUAAAUAGGAACUAUGAGAGAGCUUAUUAAGAAAUUUGACGAUGGUGAAACUUUGCGGGAAUACUGUUGUUUUGGCGAUGUACACAAAGUGGAAAAUCUUCUGUCCCUUCAAGAAGUUGACAUCAACUCUCAGAACAAAGUGAACGGAUGGACUGCCUUGCACUGGGCUGCUAAAAGAGGUUAUCUGGACAUUUGCGAGUUACUUUUGGCUAACGGUGCUUCAUGCACCAUCCCAAAUGCCUCUGGGCAGCUACCAGUCGAUCUCAUUUCCAAAAACGACCGCCGCCUUCUUGAUCUUUUAGUUACCAGCUCAUCGUCUGGAAAUGUAGCCAAGCAGAUUAAAAUUGACAACUCGAAUCAACCAGAUAGUCGACCCAAAUGCGCAGUGUCAAAUUAUUCAGUGACUAAAUCUUCUCCGACUAAAGUAACAUCAAAUCAAAAUUUUGAAAACGCGAAGCUUGACUUGCCUGCAGAUGAUACAAAAAAUUCAAAGCUUUCAGUUAAUUCAGAAACAGCUUCUAAUUAUUCAAGCGUUGCUUCUUUUACCGAACAUGAUUCUGGAUUCGUUGAAUCUGAAAGCAAUGAAACGUUAUCGCAAUCAAGUCAAAAUUCGAAGCAAUUAAGUUUUGUACCUUCAUACAUGUCACGUGUUAAACCCCCAACCAGCGCCCUUAGCUCUUACUCAGAGGAUUACACCUACCCCUGGACCAAACCCAAUUCCAAGAACUCCACCCCCUCGUCAACUAGUGGUUCGAGGGGAGUUGCUAACAAUGGAGUGCCAGGACAACAUAUAAGCCAUUCAUUGCCCUUGAACAGUUCUGCACCCCAGUUGUUGAGUGCCCCUAAUAAUGUGGGUCUUCAUAACAACACGACUUUCCCCAAUUCAGGUCUGAGGAUAACGCACCAAAGGAAUAUUACACAAACCCUUCCGCCCAGUGCUAACAGUACUAACCCAGACAUUUCCCUCAGCUCAACGGGUGAUGACGUAAGCGACCAGCCAUCCCCCCUCCCGGUCGGAAACAGUGCCGCUCUGAACGUAGCUGGGGGCUCGAAUUUGUUCAGCAGUAACGAGAGCAUGCCAAUAGCGCCUUCGUCCGAGGUACAAUUUUACAUGGACAGACAGAAGCAAGUUGGAGUUGGCGGCCAGCAGAACGGAACAGGGGGAUUGGGCUACAGAAUCCUGAAGGUACGAGUAAGUGACCAGUGCGACAAAGACUUCGUGGAAAUCGAUCUGCCCUCGGACAAACUAUCCAUCCAGAAAUUAAGAGCCAGCGGUGCUGCUGUAUUAACAUUAUUUUGUAAAUCUGGAGAGUGUCAAAAAUUAAAGAAAUAUAAAUUGGAAAGUGAAAGAAAUACAAAGAGUUUCGGGUUUGGGUUUAAGGUACAAUUUUACAUGGACAGACAGAAGCAAGUUGGAGUUGGCGGCCAGCAGAACGGAACAGGGGGAUUGGGCUACAGAAUCCUGAAGGUACGAGUAAGUGACCAGUGCGACAAAGACUUCGUGGAAAUCGAUCUGCCCUCGGACAAACUAUCCAUCCAGGGGUUUCUGGAAAUUUCCUGCCAAGAACUGGGCUUGGAGUACCCAGUGCAUAUUGAAAGAAUCAGAAAGAUGCCGAACACUCGUCUAAGGCGAGAUAUAGAAGUAGAGCGAUUGAACAACUACCAGGAACUGGAACUAGUUCUGAGCAAACACCCGGUGGCACUCCCUGUGACGUCACACCAUCAUCACCAGAAUAGUAUGACGUCAUCCCAACACCAUCACCCUCUGUCUCAUUCACACUCCUACCUGAACAAUGUUGGCAAUAACAAUAACACGCCUAAUGGAAGCAGAUCGAAUAACGAUGUUGUUCUUUAAGACAGAAAUUACAGGGGAAAAACUAUUUAUCAGAACAAGUUUCUAUAUUGAGAGACGUCUAAUUUAAUUUGGAUUUAAUUCGUUAAUUGAUGAAAUCAUAAAUUUGUUUGUAUUUUGGAUAAUUUAUCGAUCAAUGACUG